AGCAUUAUCCAAUAUGGCCGCGACGUCCAGCAGUUGUUUCUUCUUCUAGUUGGGAUCUAACCUUUGUCCUGCUGGUUAUUUGCAAACAAACCGGUUUUAAUGCGAUACGAAUAGGCGCUGCAGUGAUUUGUUUCCGCGUGUGUCUAUUUUUUUUGUUGUUGAAAAAACGGUACUUGUGUCGAAAAUGAGUUACACGACGCGGGUGGUUCAGGUGACCAAUGUGUCGCCAAGCACAACGUCGGAACAGAUGAGGACAUUGUUUGGUUUUCUGGGAACCAUCGAGGAACUAAAGCUAUUUCCGCCAGAUGAUUCCCCUAUGCCGGUGACAUCCCGGGUCUGCUUUGUGAAGUUCCAGGAGCCAGAGUCUGUGGGAGUGUCUCAGCAUCUCACCAAUACGGUUUUUGUGGAUAGAGCUUUGAUCGUGGUCCCGUUUGCUGAAGGAUCUAUUCCUGAUGAGGCUAAGGCUUUGUCCCUUUUGGCCCCAGCAAAUGCUGUUGCAGGGAUCUUGCCAGGCGGAGGCCUUCUCCCAACACCGAAUCCUCUCCCAAAUCCAGCUCUCGGAGCCAACCCCUUUGGUCCUCCAACCAUAGACCCAAUGGCAGCGUUUGGAUUUGCUGGACCCAAUAUGAACCCACAGGCUGCUGAUCAGUUGCUAAAGAUGAUGACGGAUCCAAAACUGAACCCGUUGGCUGCUGGUUUGAAUCUGAGUGCGAGCCUGAAGGCCGAUGCCUCAAAUAAAGAGAUUGAAGAGGCUAUGAAGAGAGUCAGAGAGGCUCAGUCACUCAUUUCUGCUGCUAUUGAACCGGGACAUAAGGAGAGCAAAAAGAAACAUUCUCGGUCUCGAUCCAGGUCCAGAAGGAGGAGGACCAGGUCACGUUCAAGACACAGUCGCAGGCGAACCAGGAGCAGAUCAAGACGCAGAUCCAGCUCGAGGAGCAGGCGGCGUUCCAAAAGCCCACGCAGGAGACGCACCCACUCCAGAGACAGGGGCAGGCGAACUAGAAGCAGAUCCAGAGACAGAAAGAAGGAGGAUGUUAGCAGGAGGAGAUCAAAAACGCCUCCUAAAAGCUACAGCACUGCCAGAAGGUCCCGCAGUGCGAGCCGGAGGCGCAGGAGAAGUCGCACCGCCAGCCGAUCUCCAAAGAAGUCUCCUAAAAGGAGAGUUUCUCCCUCUCCUUCCCCUCGAAGGCACAAGAAGGAAAAAAAGAGGGAUAAGGACAGAGAGAGGGAACGCAGGAGUGAUAAGGAACGCGUUCGCGAGGAACGAGAACGCUCUACUAGCAAGAAAAAGAAAAGUAAGGACAAAGAGCGGGAGCGGGAAAGAAAAUCAGAUGGAGACAAAGGAGAUAUUAAGAUCACUAGAGAUUAUGAUGAAGAGGAACAAGGUUACGACAGCGAGAAGGAAAGGGAAGAGAGGAAGGAUUCAGACGAUUCUGCCAUGUCUCCUCAGUCUGUGGAGGGAAACGGCUCAACCCGGCUCGUAAAGCAGGCCAAAGUUAACGGCGCUGAUGAUCGCCACGAAGAAGACAUGGAUGUCAGCGACUGAAAGCUGCUUCAUCCCACUGUAUCCACUUAUUUUGGUUAGAAACAUUCUACAAAAUUUCCCCCACUUGGGUAAAUCUAAAAUGUGAAGUGUUUGGAGAAAAAAAAAACCCUGUUUAUCGUACAGAAACAAGUCUGUCGUUUUGAAAAUGUAUAUUGCAGCGUUGUUUGCCUAAUAAUUCGUUUUUCAUUUAUCUUUUGUCAAUAGUACACAUUUAUUCCUUGCCACCACAGAUGUAAUUAGUUUAAACUGGAAGUAGGUUUGCUUUACUACUAUUGAGCUUGUGUUUUCAAAUUUGUUGCUUUAUGUAUUGUAUCUUUUUUUAGUGUUGUGGUGUAUGCGUCUUUCCCUCUUCUUCACAGAACAGUUGCAUCUUGUUUCUGACCUACAAGUGUUUUAUCAAGAAUUUCUUUUAUAUAAUAAAGCCUGUUUGAAGAGCUAA